UAUCUCUCUCACUCUUUCUAUAUAUAGUUUGCCACCUACUUUAAUUGUUUCUUGCUUGGUGACAAUGGCACUGACCGGUAAGCUUAGUAGUGAAAUUGGAAUCCGUGCACCUGCUGCAAAGUUCUUCCAUCUCUUGACAAAGCAACUAGACCAUGUUCAAAACGUUUGUGAAAGAGUGCAUGAAACCAAGCUGCAUGAAGGUGACGAUUGGCACUCUGUUGGUGGUUCAGUUAAACACUGGACAUAUGUUAUAGACGGUAAGGUUACUACAUGUAAGGAGACCGUUGAGUCCAUUGAUGAGCAAAACCUUUCAGCAUCAUACAAACUGUUUGACGGAGAUGUCAGUAAACAUUAUAAGGUGUUUAAGCUGAGCUUUCAAGUGAGUGAUAAAGAGAAGAUCAAUGAAGGUGCCACUGUUAAAUGGACUAUUGAAUAUGAGAAGAUCAAUGAUGAUGUUGAAGCUCCAUAUGGCUACAUGGAAUACUUUGACAAGUGUACUAAAGACAUUGGUUCUCAUCUUGUUAAGGCAUGAGCUGCUACAACCAUUCAUGCAUUAAAAUGAUAAUUAAGGUGUAUGUUUAAUUUGUGGCUUGAAGUUAAAAUGCUUAUCCUAAUUAAUAAUGAGUGUGAACUAUUAUAAUAAGGGUGUUUAUUAUGUUAUGUGUGCUACGUUCACCCAUCGAACUUGGGUAGAUAUGUCAUCGUUGAUGAUUUCUUGUUGAUGGCAUUAAGUUAUGUAUGUGUGUCUUGGAAUUUGGAAAGUGUGUGUAAUGCAAAUGAUUGAAUAUUUGAAUGUGUA